AUGUGUGAUUGCCGAUGCCCGGACAAAUCGGAGAAAAUUGUUGAAAAUUCUCCUUGUUUAGAGAGUCAAUUUUGCUGCAAUUUGAAGGAAAUCGAACAAAAAUGUUACUUAGAUUUUCCUGAUAGACCUAAUUUCAAUGAGUUUCUACGUUUUUGCCCAUCUCAUGGAAACAAAUCAAAGCCAACAAUAAAUGAAGAGGAAACAUGUCUUUCUACAUGCCUUCAGAAAUGCAAGUCGGGUUCUUUCCAAAAUUUCGAAAAUGGGUUACCAAUUCCACUAGAUAGUAUUGGAGAAUGUAUGAAACUUUUUAAAACUACCGAAAGUCCUUAUCCACCAUUUCCACAAGGUAAUCCAGGAUCAACCACCGAUCCCAUUCAUAAACGUCUGGGAGCCAUGUCUUUAGGAACAUUUAUUAAAAGACCAAGGAGUCCAGUAUUCACGGAAACUCAUUCAUUCAGAGCCCAGAAAGAUGGAGAAUUCAUCCAACCAAAACCCAAAAAUUUAAAUGUUGGUUCUCAUGCUUACCGAUAUUGUCAAGACUUGGGUUUGGUCGAUGAAAUAGCAAGAUUAUUUGAAUCUGAAAUUCGUCAUUUAACUCCUGAAGGUUAUGUCCAAAGACCCAGUUGGCGAAAUGUCUCACUUACCUUCUUACCCAAUUCACUCCAAUAUCUUCAUUUGAAAGAAUUUCCAGGGGGGAAAUUCUUUGUCUGCUUCAUCAGAUAUGAUGCCUUUUCAAAUGAUCCAGAUCUUCAUUUUGGAGAUCAGAUUCUUGAAAUUAUUCCUCUCGGGGCUCCAUCUCAUGCAGAUGACAGACAAAGUAUAAGUUACGUUAUAAAUAACAGCUAUUUUACUCUUCGGGUUAUUCCCACUCCAUUUUAUCGGAAGAUAAUUUUACGAGCUUAUGAUAACAUUUUACAGGAAACUGGUGUAGUUAAUAAGUGGAUCAUUCGGAAGCCUGAACUUUCAAAAAGUUGGAUUGAUCUUGGUUUCGUACAACAUCAACGAAGAAUUAUUAAUGUGAAGAAAAAUUCCCCCGCUAAACUAGCGGGACUGAAAGUUAACGAUGUCAUUAUCGAAGUGAACAAAGAGUCGGUUCUGGAAUAUUCAGAUUCUUAUAUUAUCCGAUUGAUCAGGAAUGCUAUUCACGAGUCUAAAAACAGAUCCGUUGUGUUGGGCGUUGUGCCUUCAACAAUCUACGACGCUCUGAUGAACGACAAAAAUGGAAAGAUCUAUAAAAUUGAUCGAAAAGCCGAAAUGGAUGUGAAUGCUUGGAAAGAUAAUAAGAUCUUUGGUGUUAAGCCAGCUUGA